CUCCCCUUUCCCUCCUCGUUUUUCUGUGUGUCUGUCUAUAUUAGUGUUUUUGUCUCUCCGUACGCCUGAGAGCGUGGUCAGUCAGAGAGGGAGAGAUAGAUAGAGAGAGGGAGAGCGAGAGGAAGAGAGAGAGAGAGGAGCAGAGUUAGAGUAAAACAGAGCAGGAAAAUGACAGACAGGAGAAGAGGGAACAGUCCAUGGUAAUGUGUGCCUGCUCGUCCCAGUCCAGCCCAGUGCAGCGCCCCCUCCUCCUUCAGCUCUACUGGGUCAGUACCCUGGGACAGCACCUGCUCCCCCAACAGACAGACAGACUCUCAGGACCUGCAUCUGUGUGAGGGAUGGACAUCAAGGACAAGUCUGUCUUCCUCCGGUCACUCACAGCUGACUGACAGACAUCUACAUGGAAAGGGCUCUCAGAGGGCCAGGGUCAGAGACGCCUUGAGUCCAGCCGCUCCUCCAUACAUAAAGAGACUCAUCCCCAGAGAACCCAGCCUUCCAUUCACAGGAGUCUUAGCAGUGGCUGCAGCAGAGUGAUCCAGUAGUAGCAGGGUAAGAUAAGUUAGAGGUCAAGAUGGCGGGACAGGGGCUGCUGCCCUCCACCAACCGUUACCUCCUCCUGCUCCUGGGGGUUCUGUCUGUGGCCCACGCCUCCAUCUUCCUCAAGGCCCGCUUCCAGAGGGACCGCCGUAACAUCCGGCCCAAUAUCAUCCUCAUUCUCACUGAUGACCAGGACAUGGAGCUCGGCUCCAUGCAGGUCAUGAAUAAGACACGUGGUAUCAUGGAGCAGGGCGGGACUCACUUCUCCAAUGCCUUUGUGACUACGCCCAUGUGCUGUCCUUCACGCUCCUCCAUGUUGACGGGGAAGUACGUUCACAACCACAACACCUACACCAACAAUGAGAACUGCUCCUCCCCCUCCUGGCAGGCCCAGCACGAGACUAGGACCUUUGGAGUGUACCUCAACAACACUGGCUACAGGACAGGCUUCUUUGGGAAGUACCUGAAUGAGUACAACGGUUCCUAUAUUCCUCCUGGAUGGAGAGAGUGGGUGGGGCUGGUCAAGAACUCCCGUUUCUACAACUACACCCUGUGCAGGAAUGGAGUCCGCGAGAAACAUGGCUGCGAGUACCCUAAGGACUACUUUACGGACCUCAUCACAGAGGACGGCAUCAACUACUUCCGCUCGUCUAAGAGGAUGUACCCUCACCGGCCAGUGAUGAUGGUGAUGAGCCAUGCAGCCCCCCAUGGGCCGGAGGACUCAGCACCUCAGUACAGCACUGCCUUUCCCAACGCAUCCCAGCACAUCACUCCCAGCUACAACUAUGCUCCGAACCCAGACAAGCACUGGAUCAUGCGUUACACUGGUUCCAUGAAGCCCAUCCACAUGGAGUUCACCAACAUGCUACAGAGGAAGAGGCUGCAGACUCUGCUCUCUGUGGACGACAGCGUGGAGAAGGUGUAUAACAUGCUGGCUGAGACUGGAGAACUGGACAACACAUAUAUCAUCUACACAGCUGACCAUGGCUACCACAUUGGUCAGUUUGGCCUGGUCAAGGGCAAGUCCAUGCCCUACGAGUUUGACAUUCGAGUACCCUUCUACAUCCGAGGGCCCAACGUGGAGGCAGGAGCCAGCAACCCUCACAUGGUGCUGAACAUUGACCUGGCGCCCACCAUCCUGGACAUCGCUGGCAUGGAUGUCCCGCCGGACAUGGACGGCAAGUCCAUCCUCAAACUGCUGGACAUAGAGAGGCCAGUCAACAGGUUCCAGGUGAAUAAGAAGGGAAAGGUGUGGAGAGACUCGUUCCUGGUGGAAAGAGGGAAGUUGCUCCACAUGCGUGAUGCGUCUUCAGGGAAGGACGUGGCCCAGGAGGAGAACUUCCUGCCUAAGUACCAGCGGGUCAAGGACCUGUGUCAGAGAACAGAGUACCAGACGCCCUGCCAACAGCUGGGACAGAAGUGGCAGUGUGUUGAGGAUGCUACAGGGAAACUGAGGCUGUAUAAGUGUAAGGGCAUGGCCAGCAUGUCUGCAGAACGGAAAGAGGGCCCUGCCAACAUCAGGUCCCAAUUUUACCCCCAGCGCAAAGCAGAGCACAACGCAGAGCCAGAAGCCUGCAAUUGUGACCAGUUCCCUAGCUUCAGACUCAGUGCCUUCAAGAAGAAAAAGUUCCUUUCCAAGAAGAAGAUGAAGGCCGUCAAGAGCUAUGCCCGUAACCGUUCUGCCCGCUCCGUGGAGAUGGAGAUAGGAGGGGACCUGUAUGCUGUAGACUUGGGGGAUGGCUACCAGCCUGUACUGGCCCCCAGGAACCUCAGUGAGGCUGGGGCCCCGGGGCCACGCGACGACACUGAGGACGACUUCAGUGGCAUGGGGUUCACCAUCAGUCCCAGGACUAGCAGCAACAGUCUGGCUAUAGUACCUUCUGACAUCAAAGUCACACACAGGUGCUCCAUCCUGGCCGAUGACACAGUGAAGUGUGACACAGGGAUCUAUAAGUCUGUGCAGACCUGGAAGGACCACAAACUCCACAUCGACCAUGAGAUUGAGACCCUGCAGACAAAGAUCAAGAACCUGAGAGAAGUCAGGGGUCACCUGAAGAAGGCCCGCCCAGAGGAGUGUGACUGUCUCCGCUACAUCUACCAGUCUAAGUACAAGAGUAAGCUUAGGCACAAAGGAAGCAGCAUUCACCCAUUCAGGAAGGAUCAGGAUAAGGAUAACAAGGCGUGGCUGCUGAAGGACCAGAAGAGGAGGAAGAAGAUGAGGAAGCUGCUGAAACGUCUGAGGAACAACGACACCUGUAGCAUGCCUGGUCUCACCUGCUUCACCCACGACAACCAGCACUGGCAGACCGCCCCCUUCUGGACAAUGGGUCCAUUCUGUGCCUGCACCAGUGCCAACAACAACACCUACUGGUGCGUGAGGACCAUCAACGAAACUCACAACUUCCUGUUCUGUGAGUUUGCGACUGGCUUCCUGGAGUACUUUGACCUCAACACAGAUCCCUACCAGCUGAUGAAUGCUGUGAACACGCUGGACCGAACCGUCCUGAACCAGCUCCACGUUCAACUCAUGGAGCUCCGCAGCUGCAAGGGCCACAAGCAGUGUAACCCCCGUACACGCAACCUGGAGCUGGAGGACAGAUUUGGGAAGGCUGGGAGGGAUAGGGUCCAUGAGGCGACAGUGGCCCCGUCAGAAGCACCCAGUGCAGGAGGAACGGGAACGGACUGGUCAGAACUUGAACCCUUGUACAGACUUGACGAGCACGCCUACGAUCUCAAACUCAACUUCAACGUCAGCCUGGAGGACUGGGACAACUUUGACUGGACCGUGGACAGGAUGUUCACGAUGCUAGGCAACUUCAACCACCAGCCGAACGGGCGCCGCAGCAACUUGAUUCCUGGGGAGGGUAGAGGAGGAAGAGACCACGCCCUGGUGUCCUCAACGGACCAAUCAGCCUCAGCCAUCUACCUGACCACCCUGGCCACUCCAGCUCUCCUGCUGAGAGAGGCUGGGGCCGAGGUCCUGAGGGAGGCGUUGGGGCUGAAUGGAGGGGUGCACCGCUCUUCCUCCUCCUCUUCCUCCUCCUCUUCCUGUCCUCCAGUCCCAGCUGAGGAGGGCCGCUCAGACUGGGACCACUCCCCACCUCUCCUCAACCAGUUAGGGGAGGAGGGCCAGCCUAGACUGCAUGACGAGGAUGAGGAGGGCAGGGAUAGGGGUGAUGAAGAGGAGGAGGAAGAGUUGUUUAGGAGACGGUCGGCCCGGUGGAGGCUGAACCAUGCUCACUGUAAGUGCAGUGACUUUGUUCAGGAAACUGACAACGGGUUGCCUGUAUGACUGCCUGUAAGACCCCUCUCUCACUCUGUCUCUCCUCCUCACCUGAGAUUUUAGGGAGACUGAAUCAGCACAAUGCCACCUCUGGCCUGUCCCCCACCCAGACCCCCUUAACCUCUCAAGCUCCUCCUCCUCAGGCCACAGCAGCACUUCCAGGCUGAUAUGGGGACGAACCUGUCCCUUUCAUCAAGACUGCAGUCCUCCAGUGCCCCAACCAUAUCCCAGGCCCCCUGCUGGCCCCUUCCUGUAAUACACCAACGGACCAGGAGAUUCUUUAUGAGAGAACCCAGCAGCAGCACAUGAUUCUUUAUGAGCGAACACAGCAGCAGCAGCAGCACAUGAUUCUUUAUGAGCGAACACAGCAGCAGCAACACAUGAUUCUUUAUGAGCGAACACAGCAGCAGCAACACAUGAUUCUUUAUGAGCGAACACAGCGGCAGCACAUGAUUCUUUAUGAGCGAACAAAGCAGCAGCAGCACAUGAUUCUUUAUGAGCGAACACAGCAGCAGCAGCACAUGAUUCUUUAUGAGCGAACACAGCAGCAGCAGCACAUGAUUCUUUAUGAGCGAACACAGCGGCAGCACAUGAUUCUUUAUGAGCGAACAAAGCAGCAGCAGCACAUGAUUCUUUAUGAGCGAACACAGCAGCAGCAGCACAUGAUUCUUUUCCUAAUGCAGGACCUUACUUUGCUUUGUUUUUUGUUUUUGGUGCAGGGAGCUUUGGGAAUGGGAGAGGAAAUUUAACUUGAUUGAUUUUUGAUAUUCAUUGGAUUCUUUGAAAAAAGAUUUUGUAUUGUAUAUGUGUAUUUGACUUUUUUAGUUUUACUAAUGGGUGUAUUAAUUGGUUCCGGUUCCAUCCCCCUGUACAGAUUAUGUGUCUGUGGCUCAUUGAUUCAUGCUUUUUUUUACCAAUGUGUUACUAAUUCAUUUUUGAAAACGCUUAAUUCCACAAAAUGCAGAUGAUCAAUUAUGAGGUUCAGUGAUGCACACACAUACACAUACACACACACACACACACCUCACACACUUUGAGUUACAGUGCUGUGGACCUUGCCUUUGAGUUUGGCGUCAAGCCGACAGGAGGAAGCCGUGGUCAGUGCAGGUAGGAACUGGGCCUGAGUAUCAUCUAAGUGCCGUAUCUUUUCAGUGUUGCAGCUUAUUUCACUUCUACUGUGUUUCUAAUGAAAAACAAGAGACUUGAUGUUUAUAUGAAUCAAAACAUUCCCUUUUGUUGUGUUCAUAUUUUCAUUUCAAAAUGACUGAGUUAUGGAUGUUGAACACACAUUUUACAUUACAUUUACGUCAUUUAGCAGACGCUCUUAUCCAGAGCGACUUACAAAUUGGAAAGUUCAUACAUAUUCAUCCUGGUCCCCCCGUGGGGAAUGAACCCACAACCCUGGCGUUGCAAGCGCCAUGCUCUACCAACUGAGCCACACGGGACACAAGAACACAAGAAGAGUUUUUACUGAAAAUAUCUUUACCGCUACAACUUGGUAGCUGUGGCAUUAAACGUUUUUGAGACAGUCCAAUCAGAAAACAUGCAAUCGAAGGCACUUAUUUGAUGUGAACCCCCGGAGACGUAUAGAGAUCACAACAUUGUGUCUGUCCCAUGAUGGUGUCUGUGACAGUGUGGGCAACACCACUGAAGCCAUUUCCAUUUUAAAAUUGUCCGUUUUCUUUUUCUUUAGAUUUUAAAAAAAAAGUAUAAACUAAUAUAGGUGUCUUAUCGCCUCCUGCAGUGCUGGAGUCCUGAACCAAAUUUAGUGUCAUUCAUUUAUUGUGGCCACUAGAUGGCAGUCACAUAGCUUGAAGCCAUUUACAAACUAGGCAAACCAAUUUGAAGAAGAAGACAAUGCUCUGAUCAUUGGCUGAUCGCUCCCAACCCCAUAGGAAUCCCUACACAGUUGACUACUGUAAAAUGUCUGGAAGCCUUCAAUGGCAAUGUCCAUGCAAAACCAGGUUAUUUCUAUGUAAUGAUCCUUAUACAUGUCUAUGUGUGAACCUGUCUAGUCUGGUUGGUUCAUCCAGGAAGUCUGUUUCAUGAAGUCAUCAGUCCACAGUUGAGUUCCCCUGCUAAGACGUUGUUGCAUGUAUCAACCAAUGGUUGUGUGCCACAUCAUCGACUGUGCUGCCGGGCACCAGAUUGCUAGGACAUAUGAUAUGAUUAGCUGAUAUGUAAAAUAACUAUCCAAUGGCUGGGCAGAGGAAUGUGCCCCACUACCUCUCUCUGAUGUCAUCAAAGGCUUCAGAGAGAAAAGGUGCGCUUGUUUUGCAAGCCGAUGUGUCCCAGAGAUGGAUGGGACAUAGGUUUCAUGACCCGCUCACCUUAUACAGCAACCCUUUAUUCUGCCUAAUACCACUUAGAGAUACUCAGAACAUGGUGGCUUGUAAAACAAGCCCACACAGUCAUGAUCGGCCAUAACUUUAUGGUCUAAAGACUGUAGCUACACGUGUUUCUCUUAUCAUGUCUUUCUGUAGAAAUAAAAAUACAUGGAAAAAUAAAUGUAUUUAACAAAUGCUGAAUUCUUUAUAACAAUAGAUUUGUUCGCUAUACAUGGUGCUAUUGGGGUCAUAACAUAUAUAUAAAAUUGCUGUAUGUAUUUGAAUGUAGGUUUUUUGCGGUAAUCUGUACAAGUUUGGAAAUGGGAAUUUAGCAUAUCCCUACUCCCCCUCACAGUGGGAUCAUGGCCAGGGAUCUGCCGUUAUUGACCGUGACCCUGGAGUAAUUUGAGUUGAGUGACUUGCUCAAUGGCAGAUCAACAGAUUUUUCACCUUGUUUGCACGGGGAUUCAGAAUAUCAACCUUGCGGUUACUGAUGAAAUGUUCUAACUGCUAGGCUACCUGCCGCCGUACAGCGCACCGAUGUUUCACACCUGUAAGUAGUCUUCUGAUGUGAACACCCUCGAGCAGAAGGAAUCUUUCCACCCUCAAUUUACCAGGAAACCCAACCCCCCAAUAACUUUGUACUAUAUUGUAUGAGGUAAAAGAAGUCCCUUCCCCCCCUGGAAAAAAAUAAGCAACAGUAUUUUUAUUAGCACUUUGAAAUGGACUACUGUAUGUGAAAAGAAGAGGUUUUUAUCAUAACGAUGCCUUAUGCAGUUCCAUAGGUUUAUCGUGCAUAUAUUUUUGUUUCCGGUGAACAGUUGAUAGCUGUAACUAGUUUGUGAAUAAAGUGUUGAAUGUCAAA